AUGAGUAAGAAUGCAUAAGAAGAGAGCGAAUAAUGCUGUUUAACUAUUUCGAAUGCUACUACAAAUUAACUAUUUGAUUUCUUUAAUGAUAAUAUUUAGCUAACAGAUUUUAAAUUAAUGGUCAGAGCUUUAUAGAAUAUUAGUUUCUAAGAGUGUACUACUAUUGUAAGCUAAGGUUUAUUAAAAUUAAUAAAUAUUUAGAAAUUAUUAUUACUUAUUGAAAGUUUUUGUAGAAUUAAUUCUGAUGGAUUUGCAAGAUUAAUGAAUUCUGUUUAAAAGCUAAACACUCUUACUAAGCUUUCUAUACAUAUUGGAAGAAAAAAUGAUAUAGGGUAUUUAGGUGCAUCUAUUAUUGGGCAGUCCUUAAAGAGUCUUUAAAAUCUCAAAGAAUUUUAUCUUUAUAUAGGAUCUCAAAACUAAAUUCAAGCAAAGGGAAUGGAGGAUAUUGGAGAAGGUAUUACCUGUUUAUAAAAUUUAACAUAUUUGUAUAUAGAAAUUUAAUCCUAGAAUGAAAUUAGUGAAAAAGGAGCUCAAGGAUUAGGAAAAGGAAUAAAGAAUUUAUAAAAGUUAGAGUAGUUUUAUUUAUGUAUUGGCUCUUAAAAUGAUUUGAAUUCUGAAGGUACAAAGGGUAUAUGUGAACCAAUCCAAGAUUUAACUAACUUAGUGACAUUUCAAUUAAGAAUAGAAUGGAAAAAUAAUAUUGGCUCUGAGGGUGCUAUCAGUAUUGGGAAGGGAAUCUCUGGAUUAUCUUCUAACCUUUUAAACUUAAAUUUAUCAGUAGGGUCUCAUAAUAAUAUUGGAGAACUUGGAGCCUUGGGAAUAGGUGAAGGCUUAAAGCAUUUAAAAUAAUUAGAGCAUCUGUGUCUAACUAUAGAAGCAUCAAAUUAAAUUGGGAAAACUGGAGCGAUGGGAUUAAGUGAAGGACUAAGAUUCUUAAAAGGAGCAAUAUCUAUAGGAAACUCUCUUUAGUAUCUCUUAAAUCUCAAAAGUGUAUACCUUUCAAUAGAAAGUCAUAAUUAUAUUUCAUCUCAAGGAUUAACAUCGAUAGGUAAAAGUUUGAAAGCCCUGAAUAAUAUUCUAAAGUUAACUAUGAUAUUUGGAGAAGAAAAUAAUAUUAACGAUGAAGGUGCCAAGGUUUUAGGGGAAGGAAUAUCUUCUUUAGAAAAACUAACUUAGCUUUUCAUAAGCAUAGAUUAAAAUGAUAUUUCAGAGUAAGGAAUUAUGCAAUUGCUAAAUUGGAGGAAAAAAUUGAACCACUUAAAAGUGUUGAAACUGAAUAUAGAAGAUUAAGACUUUGACUUAAAUGGAAUAUUUUCAUUUCUUAAAUCUUGCUUAAAAAAAUGCAAAAGAUUAGUUUUAUUUAAAUCAUUUUGA